CGAAUCGUGUAUUACAGUAGUUUGUUGAUAGCCAGCCCCGCGAACGGAACGCGUACGGAAGAAAACGAUCGCGAGAUCGAUGUGGCUACAAUAUUUACGGACCAUAAUAGCCAAUUGCCGGGAGGAAAGCAAACGCAACUGGAGCUCCAGACGGCGAAAAGCAAACAUUUUGCAAAAUUCGCAAAUUCCAGUGACUAAGAACAUAUUCUGUGUGUGGCAUUCAGAAACCGGAGAAGCAGACCCGGAGUUCUAACUGAAAAUAAAAAAAAAAAACCCGCCGUAUCAGCACAGCCCACGCGAUUAUGAAGCCAUCAUCGUGUCAGUUGUCCAUCCGCUCUUAGCCACAUGUUCGACAGGUUCCUUUAGCGAUAACAAGUGGAAGACAAUGUCGCGGAUAUGCUAAGUGGAAAUGGAUCCGAUGAUUUGUGAUCUGUGGUCUGGCCACAUCUGGCUAUUGAUUCUCAUUUGUUUCUGCGGCUUCGAACAAUCCCGCGGUUUCUUUGUGGACUAUACAGAGAACACGGAGCUGAUUCAACAGAGAGCCGGGUUUGAUGUCAAACUGCAGUGCAAUCUCCAAGGUCUGGUCGAUGAAAGUAUGUUGGAUGACAUCAAGAUACAUUGGUACUUCAAGCAAUGCAGUGAGAAUAAUUGUCAUCAUCUGGAGGCUGUAGAUGAAUGGACUGCCCUUCCUUGCGAGCCGAGUCUUUGUCGUCCGGAACUGUGGCUCCGGAAUGUGACGGAGCGGUAUUCGGGACUCUACAAAUGCAGCAUUAAUCCUCACAUUUGGGAUAAAGCUCAAGCUAUGGAUGUCCAACUGGUCCGCACUUAUCAACUGGAUGUUAAGAACACCUCCUUGGCUGCUCCCGAGUUCGUGGACUCGUAUCCCAACAACAAGACGACAUUGGUGGGCAGUCGCGUAGUCUUCCAAUGCCGUGUCCACAGCGAGGAGCAUCCCACUAUCAAGUGGUUCCGCCGGCACACCUACGUGGGAACUCAGUCAGCUGGAGAGGCAUCCUCGUCAACAACGGCCUCCAAUUUCAGCACACAUAUUGUCCGGUACAAUGGUCGGACAUACGAGCUGCUGUCCACUGACCCUGAAAAAUUAAUGGCACCCCAGAUAUAUCUCAGCAAGUUGAUUCUAGACGGGGUGAGAUUGAGAGAUGCCGGUCACUACGCCUGCGUGGCCAUCAGCUAUCGGGGUCACAAGAUCCGGGAGGCUUUCCUCGAAGUGCUGCCCGUACAGGAUGAUCCGGAUCAGGAGAAGGAGUACUGGUCGGACUACGAUAGUGGAGAUGAGGGAGUUCCAACUAGCGAUCCUCGGGAAUUCCUGCUGCUCUUCCUAAUGCCCCUGGGAUUGGCACUUCUUCCUCUAACCGUAUGGUUCAGUUAUGUGUUGUACAAACGCUGCUCCGAUGGUCAUGGUGAUUGCCAGCGGAUUGAUUCGGAUGAGGAUCUGGACACGGAAAGGUGUGUCCUUGGAGGAAAUUAGUACAUGGUGCCAAUGCCUAAAAUUGUGGAAGCUGCAUUACGCUUAUUAAGACUUUAAAUAAAGACUGUAUAUAGGGUUAAGGAAGUAAUAUCUACCAUUUAAAAUAAAUACAAAGAUUAAAUAUUAGCUAA